GUUUAGACUCCUUUCAGACAUCUUGCAUUUUUCAGUCUGAAAGAACGAAUUUAUUAAAUACCGUUGGCUUCAUCGGGCCAAGCGAACCCAAAAUAACAGGGCCGUUAUUGCCGAUAUUCGUGGGUUAUUUGUAUUUCGACCUAAUGCAUGUUAGGCUAUAGGUGGCUGAACCGAGAGCUCGUGUCCCAAACUCCUGAGUGGAUUGUCUCUCCCCGGGCUCUCGAGCCGUAUCGUGCGUCAUUUUCAUAGCUGCAUUUUGUUUUUUCAUCGAGGCAACAUGGCAACUCCCGCCGCGGUCAAUCCAUCGGAGAUGGGCAGUGAGUUGCCGGGGCCAGUUACUAUGCCGGGGGCGGUGGUGGGGGCAGGCCAAGUGAGGAUGGGCGGAGCCAUGCCUGGCCGCGGGGGCAAGAGGAGAUCCGGAGGGUCGAAGACAGAGGGAAAAGAAGAUUACGGGAGUAUUCCACGGAUGGACUUUGAUGACGAGGAUGGGGAAGGACCUAGUAAAUUUUCAAGGUAUGAUGAUGAUCAGAUACCUGGUGAUCAUAAGGAGAGAUAUGCCAGAGAGAACCACAGCGAGAUAGAGCGGCGUCGCCGUAACAAGAUGACGCAGUACAUCACGGAGCUGUCGGACAUGGUGCCCACAUGCAGCGCUCUGGCCCGCAAGCCAGACAAGCUGACUAUCCUCCGCAUGGCCGUGUCCCACAUGAAGUCCAUGAGAGGGACCGGGAACACGUCCACUGACGGGGCGUACAAGCCCUCGUUCCUGACCGAACAGCAGGGUCUACAAACCCUCCUCCUCACCAAACAGGAGUUGAAGCACCUGAUCCUGGAGGCGGCCGACGGCUUCCUGUUUGUGGUCGCCGCGGAGACGGGCCGCGUGAUCUACGUGUCUGACUCGGUGACGCCGGUGCUCAACCACCCGCAGUCGGAGUGGUUCGGCAGCACGCUGUAUGAGCAGGUGCAUCCUGACGACGUGGACAAGCUCCGGGAACAGCUCAGCACCUCGGAGAACUCCAUGACAGGGCGUAUCCUGGACCUGAAGACAGGAACAGUGAAGAAGGAGGGGCAACAGUCGUCUAUGAGGAUGUGCAUGGGCUCCAGACGAUCCUUCAUCUGCAGAAUGAGAUGUGGCAGCACCCCACUGGACCACAUCUCUCUCAACCGACUGUCCAACAUGAGGAAGAGAUACAGGAACGGCCUGGGACCCUCGAAGGAGGGAGAGGAUCAGUACUCUGUGGUGCACUGUACCGGCUACAUCAAGGCAUGGCCCCCUGCAGGUAUGACCAUACCAGAAGAAGACACAGAGGCAGGACAGACCAGUAAAUACUGCCUGGUGGCCAUCGGAAGACUGCAGGUGACCAGUUCUCCCGUUUCCAUGGAUAUGAAUGGCCUGUCGGUUCCCACAGAGUUCCUGUCGCGCCACAACUCAGACGGCAUCAUCACUUUUGUGGACCCGCGGUGCAUCAAUGUGAUUGGAUACCAGCCUCAGGAUCUGCUGGGGAAAGACAUCCUGGAGUUCUGCCACCCAGAGGACCAGAGUCACCUGAGAGAGAGCUUUCAACAGGUGGUAAAGUUGAAGGGCCAGGUGUUGUCGGUGAUGUACAGGUUCCGUAUGAAGAACAGAGAGUGGAUGUUAAUCCGCACCAGCUCCUUCACCUUCCAGAACCCCUACUCCGACGAGAUCGAGUACAUCAUCUGCACCAACACCAACGUCAAGCAGCUCCAACAGCAGCAGCAGGCAGAGCUGGAGGUCCAUCAGAGAGACGGCCUGACAGCAUAUGAUCUAUCACAGGUGCCCGUUCCCAGUGUGGGAGGAGGGGUUCACGAGGCGGGCAAGAACAUUGACAAGACGGACACCAUGUUCUCACAGGAGAGAGACCCGCGCUUCGCUGACAUGUACUCCGGCAUCUCUGGCUCUGGCGAGAAGAAGAUGAUGGUUCCUUCGUCUACGGCGGGAGGUCAGCAGCUCUACUCCCAGAACUCUCCCUUCCAGCCCGGACACUCUGCCAAGAGCUUCAGCUCUUCAGUGAUCCAUGUCCCGGGGGUUAAUGAAAUCCAGCCGUCGGGAUCGUCCAAUCAGAACCUAGCUCAGAUCUCCAGACAGCUCAACCCAGGACAGGUGACCUGGACCGGCAACAGACCCCCCUUCUCUGGUCAGUCCACUAAGGCCCAGUCCAGUCCGUUUGGGAUAGGCUCCGGCCACAGUUACCAAGGAGACCCGUCUUCCUACAGCCCCCUGUCCUCCCCGGCCACCUCAUCGCCCAGCGGCAACGCCUACUCUGGACUGGCCAACCGCAGCACGGCAUUCGAUGUGUCAGGAGAGGGCAGUCAGAGUGGGGGUCAGUUCCAGGGUCGGCCCAGUGAGGUCUGGUCCCAGUGGCAGAACCAGCACCACAGCCAGCAGGGAGGAGAGCCACACUCGCACCCCAACCCCUCCCAGACCGAGGUGUUCCAGGACAUGUUGCCGAUGGCAGGAGACCCAACACAAGGAACAGCCAACUACAACAUCGAAGACUUUGCUGACCUGGGCAUGUUCCCUCCCUUCUCCGAGUAGAACCCGUUGAGUAGAACCCUUUUACGUUCUAUCAAUGGAACGCUGCUCUGUUCUUCCACUAGAACCCACUGAUGGUGGAGAAAGGAACAGAACACGAUGUGCAUCCGUCCUUCAUGGCUACCCAUCGUCACACACACAGAGAGUUUGUUAUCGCACACAUGCAGUAGAGCACAGUGAAUGUCCAGAUGCACUUGUCAUAACACACAUACACACACCCUCACAUAAACACACCCACACACACUACGUUUUAAGGCAUUGAGGCCAAGUUUAUCUCUCUGACACAUACCUCUUUCCUUUACGAGAGGAGAGUUGGUUCUAUAGAAGACCGGUACAUUACUAGUGGUGUACUGACCUUUUCCUUUGUAAUAAUGUCUUAAUUCACUCAAAUGAUGGCUGUUUUCAUAAACUCUUUUAUCAAAGCCUUGUGAAUUUAAAGGUGCAAUCUGUAAUCUUUCAUUUCCCCUAGUGGCAUCUUGAAGUACUACAAAAUAUGCCAAGAAGCAGUAAAAAAUACAAAGACUAGAAAAUUCAACAAUGCAGGCACCCCCCUUCCAUUUGCAAACACUUGCAGAGGCAGGCAGCACUUUUUUGGGGGAAAUGAAAAUUACAGAUUGCACCUUUUAAGCUGCCAAUAUCCACUUUGCACUCCAUUUGAAGUCAACUCUGCCAAACUGCCCCAGGCCAAGAGACACUCACCACGCUGAUCAAUGUUGAUAUCAUCGAUACAUAUUAUCAUACAGUAUGUCGCUGCUGCUCUUCCCUCAGUAUUACAUUAAGCUUAUGACGUAAAUUAUACCUAUAUGUAGUGAUGUUCAUAACCCCUGGCUAAAACCUACUGAAGUCUAGAAGGAUUCUGUGUAUAAAAAGAAAACGUAAAAAAUGAAUUCACUCACCGGAAAAAGAGUCUAAGCUACAAUGCUUAAGUGCACUUCAUCGAAGCUAACGGCUAAAACUCACCAGCUUGCAAAAAAGGGAAAAAAAAACGCCAUACCGUCAAAGCAACGCAGUACAGUAUAUUAUACUAGUCUAGUGUAUCCUUGUGGCUCUCACUGCUCUACUUUAUAACUUUAUAAUAUUAUUAUCUUUUAUGAUUAUUAACAGAGACUGAAUAAUACUUUAUAGCGAGGGAACUUUUACAUGAUAGAUUGUGUACCGUGUCUCUGGUAAACGACUGAUGGGACAGAAUCUAGAACUGGAAUCCUUUUGCUAAAAAAAAAUCUCAAAAUUGAUGUUUUUGUAAAUAAUGUGAUUUUUAUGUUGACUCGUGUUACUUUUACACAGUAUACGUUGUUUUUUGUGUAUGUUUGUGUAGGUCAUCAAUGUGUGCAUUGUGAGUACAUAUUUAACUAUCGGUAUUUAGUUUAGUCUGUUAAUUGUACAUUGAGUUUAAGGAACCUGUAUAAAAUUGUGUAAAUGUUACCCAUUUAUUUUUGUUUAACACAUUUUUGUGCUUGUGAAAAUAAAUCUUUAUUGGUUA